AUGAUCUCUGUCCAAGCAAACUCGGUUGUUGUCCCACGAACGAAAAAUGUUGUGGGAGUCGCUCUUGUGUCGGAUCUGGAGAGACGUGCUGUUCUGGGUAUACAUGCGAUAUUGGAUGGAAUUGCUGCUCUUAUCCUUAUUGCUACCCAGACGGAGGCAAAUGCUGUUCCGAUGGAAGCUAUUGCACUGCUGGAAAUUGUAACGUCAAGCACACAUAGAGCCACUACUGUGUCUUCCGCAUUCGCAUCAUCAAUUACAAGGAGUGCGGCGUCAUCCAUAACUUCAAAACCCAUACCCGAAUAUGAGUACUAUUAUUUCACCAUCACAUGGUAUUAUUGGAGCUACUAUUAUUACUACUAUACCACUCAACUCGAACUUAGCACCUUAACAAGAUCAACCCGCAUCACUACAACCACAAAACUCUCCAUCUACGAAACUAGUUCCGCAGCCGCUAGAUCAAGCUUCAAGCAACUCACAGCCACUAUUUCAUUGCCAACGCCUGCUGCUGCAAAUUUACCGACACUGACUCCGCUAAGUACUCCAGAAAGUACUGUAUAUAGCAGUGAUACAAGUCUAAAAGCCGAAGAAACUUCCAAUUCUCUGAUAACCCAAUCUCCGACUACGAUAUCAAGCACAAUAGCAACAGCAUCGCCGAUAUCAAUUAUUGUUAGUGGCGCUGCUAGUAGUCAAAUGGAUUGGAACUUUUGGUCUGGGAUGGGAUUUACAGUCUGCGGUGCUUUUGGUGUUGCUUUGUGGUUGCUUUGA